GUUUUGGGAUAUUUUUUUAUUUUGCUCUAGCAUGAGAGUUGUUAUUGAGCUUGGAGGUUAAACUUGUUUUUCCUUGUUUCACAACAUUACCAUUAUGUCUCACUUUGGCUUGUAUUCUUUCUUACGCUGGGCAUGAAAUAAACUAGGGCAUGACAAAUGGUCAUAAUUUGAGGACAAUCUGUUGCCAGGUGCUUGGAUCUUAAUUCCGUGACCCAAUGGAUGCUGCAAUAGUCGACAGCAAAGAGAGACAGAGAGAGAUGUCCCUGCUAUCAACAUGGAUAUUCUCAGCUGGCUGAUUGUUCUUUCCAUCCUAUUUCUCUGUUUCUGGAAGAGCCAACGUCCCAAAGGUUUCCCCCCUGGACCAUGGAGCCUCCCCCUGACUGGGGUCCUGUUUCAUCUCAGUAAGAAGGAGCCUCUCAAGGCGUUAGAUCAGCUAGCCCAAAAAUAUGGUCCCGUCUACAGUCUCUAUCUCGGAGGAAAGCGUGCAGUCUUCAUUCAUGGGUUUUCUUCAGCCAAAGAGGUCCUGGUGACAAAAGGCCUAGAAUUUGCUGGGAGGCCAGAUAAUCCAUUAGUAGAUUAUAUUGUUAAGAGAAAAGGCAUAAUCACAGCCCCUUACGGCGAAGCGUGGAAAGAACAACGGAGGUUUUCACUGAUGCUUCUCAGGAACUUUGGACUGGGCAAAAAAUCAAUGGAAGAGAAGAUCUUGCAGGAGGCAACUUGUUUGAUUGAAGCAUUUGCUGAAAACUCAGGUGCACCUUUUGAUCCUCAGCCAUUUGUCGAAACUGCAGUCACCAACAUCAUGUCUUCCAUUCUGUUUGGGAAACGUUUUGAAAACAAUGACAGCUCUUUAAGGACUGUGCUGAACAUUUUACAUCAAAAUCUCAAACUGCUAGUUGGACCCUGGGCCAUGCUUUACAAUGGUGUGCCCUUAGUGAGAAGGCUUCCCCUGCCACAUCAGAGAAUAGUAAGAAAUGCCCAAAAAAUCUUUGCUUUCCUUGAAAAAGAGGUGGAGGAACACAAGACAAUGUUUAUUUCUGGAGAAACCCGGGAUUUCGUUGACGCAUACCUAGAAGAAAUAAAGAAGGCAGAGCGGAAAGGUUCAAGUUUUGAAGAAGAACAAUUACGAGUUUUAUUGAUGGACCUUUUGAGUGCUGGAUCAGAGACAACAGCUAGAACAAUUCAAUGGGCAUUGCUCUAUUUGGUAGCCUUUCCAGAGAUCCAAGAGAAAUGCCAGAAGGAAAUAGACUUUUUUCUGGGAAGUAAUUCCAACCUGCAAUAUGAAGAUCGGGAAAAGCUGUCCUACACAAAUGCCGUCAUUCAUGAAAUCCAACGCUGUACAACUGUUGUUCCUCUCGGAGCACCUCACGCGCCCAUCCAAAAUGCACAGCUUUGCGGCUAUCAAAUUCCCAAGGGUGCCCUCAUUUUAAUCAACCUCCAUUCUGUUCAUCAUGAUGAAUCCCAGUGGAAGUUCCCCCACGAGUUCAACCCCUCCAACUUCCUGAAUGCAAAGGGAGAGUUUGUGAAGCCGGAAGCCUUUUUGGCAUUUUCAGCAGGACCAAGGGUUUGUUUAGGAGAAAAUCUGGCUCGGAUGGAGCUCUUCCUCUUCCUCACCAGCAUCCUGAGAAAUUUCCAGCUAUCUUGGCCAGAUAAAUCCCGGGCACCAGAUCUCACACCUAACUUUGGUUUCACACUAUUUCCGUCAAGCUUUAAAAUAUUAAUGAAAAGUCGCCAGGAAAGCAACUAGAUCAAGGGAAGAUUUUCCAUCACUCAAAGCAAAGUCAUCCUCUCCAAGAAGAGACCAAAGGCACUUGAAAAAUCCAGAUGGAAUUCAUAGGCUAUACAGUUUAAAGCAGUUACCUGAACAAAAGAUUUAUACUAGAUGGUCUGAAAAAAUUAUCUUCAAUAUUACAAACUUUUUUUU